UAGAGGUUUCAUAUGAAAUAAUGAACUAAUAUAUGCUACAAGAAUUUGUUCUUACACACUGCAUGUAAUCCAAUUCUAGAGUUGGCCAACACGCACCACAUCACAAUGGCGUUCUCGUGUUCCAUUUGUCUGUCUUUCUGCGACGGCUCCUCAGACACUUUCUUUCUCCCGGGUGGCCCCAUGUAUCACAAGACCUGCACCUUGCAGUGGUUAAGCAAAACGCAGCCUUAUCCAUAUUGCCGCAACCCAACUACCGCAAAAAACAGUUUAAAACUCUUUCCGGAUUUAAGCGAACAAGGGACGCAGCAGGAUUCAAGUCAGCUGGUGCAGACCAUCAAUGACCUGAAUUCGGAUAUCCGCAAGCUGACCAAAUCGCACGACGAGAGCCAAGCUGCUCUCAGGAAGCAAAUCCAAGAACUAAAGUCUAACAACGAGGAGAUGAGCGCUGAGAUUAGUCGGCAGACUAGCCACAUCUCUCUUCUCGAGAAGCAGCACGUUAAACUGCUGAAGAAUGUUGAAAAGGAACUACAGGUCACUGUGAGAGCAAAGGAAAAGGCUCACCAAGAGUUCGACCAGUUGAACUUGGACUUCAAAGAAUUAAAGUGCAUUAAAGAGAAGAUGAGUGAUGAGAUGAUCAAACUGACCAGUCGCAACACUCUCCUGAAGGAGCAAGUGGAACUGCUGAAGAACCUCCAAGACGAUCUUGAUGCUACAAGAAGAAAAAAAGAAAAGACUGAACAAGGGCUCAACAAAUUGAGAUCUGACUUCGUAAAAUUAAAGUGCGCCAAAGAGAAGAUGAGCAAUGAGAUGAGCAAACUGACCAGUCGCAACACUCUCCUCAAAGACGAACUUGAUGCCACAAGAAGGGAAAAAGAAAAGACUGAACAAAAGUUGAGCUCUGAUUUAGAAAAAUUAGGGUGCGCCAAGGAGAAGAUGAGCAAUGAGAUGAGCCAACUGACCAGUCGCAACUCUCUCCUGGAGGAGCAGGUGAAGAACCUUGAAGACGAACUUCAUGCUACCAGGGUAGAAAAGGAAAAAGCUGAACAAGAAACCUUACACUGGAGAAAUAACGUACCCAAAUUUUUGAAUGGAUCAGAAGCGCAACGAAUUGAGAUUCUGAAGAAAACCGCUCAACCUCACCACAUCGACUUUAUGUUUGCCUUGUGCCGCAAUUUGAGAAGUGAUCUGGUCGCAUCCCGGGAAACGGUUUCAAACCUCGAGAGAAUCGUUAAGAAGAAAACGGUAAAAUGCGAGGAACACAUUGCCGAAUUGGAGGAGAAGGAUGAGGAGAUAAAGAAGCUCAACGACCUUAUAAUCGACCUGAAGAGCAAGAUCAAGCAGAAAAGGAUAAACUGCAAGGAACACACUGCCGAAUUGGAGAAGCAGGAUGAGGAGAUGAAGAAGCUCAACGACCUUAUAAUCGACCUGAAGAGCAAGAUCAAGAAGAAAACGGUGAACUGCGAGGAACACAUUGCCGAAUUGGAGGAGCAGGAUGAGGAGAUAAAGAAGCUCAACGACCUUAUAAUCGACCUGAAGAGCAAGAUCAAGCAGAAAAGGAUAAACUGCAAGGAACACACUGCCGAAUUGGAGGAGCAGGAUGAGGAAAUAAAGAAGCUCAACAGCCACAUACGCAACCUGAAGAGCGAGAUCGAGCAGCUGAAAAAAAGGCAAAAGGAAAAGAAAGCUGCUGAGGUCAAGAAGGAUGGCGUGGGGCGCAUCCAACUCAAAACAAGCGAAGAUAGAUUGAAAAUGGUCGUUGGGAUCGAUUUAAAUUUCUCACAAUCAGUAUCAUAACGAUCAAAACCUUCCGACUCCACCUCUCGUCAUAGAAAAUCAGGUCAGCAUUUACGAUGAAUGGAGCGA